AUGGUGAGCAGCAGCUGGAAGCGGACGCUGGGGAACGUCAGGUCCUUCGUGGGGAACUCUCUGGGGGGUCUGAGGGGCGGCGCCAACCUCGCCUCGUGGGCCGUGGCCGGCACUCUGGCCUACUUUCUCUGGGUGAAGCCCUCCAGGGAUCUCAAGAGGGAGCAGGAGGUAAUUAUAAUGGUUAAUUCUCUCUGAUUAUGCCUGGGUGAUGGUACUUUUAAUCCAUUAUUUGAUAUCCUUGGGGAUACUUUCAUCCUGUACUGCUCUCCUCCUUUUUCUUCAUGUGCUACGAUUAUUUUGUAUCUGAUUGGUUGUUUUAUGCGAUCUGAAUGCUGUUAUGAAUAUGAUAACGUUGAAAUCAUUGUUUCAAAUAAAUUCCACGUUGUAUCUCCAAAGAAGAGCAGGGGAACUGGACCGGACUGCGUGGUCGUAUGACUAAUUUAUUCAUUUUCGAUUCAAAUUAUGGAGCAUAAUAUGCUUAAACCUUGGAAUCCAAUGUAUUUUGCUAUAAUAAUGGAAAAUUUUCAGUGCCAUUUGAUCAGCGGAGUAAUCUACUUCCUCAUCUAUAUUCGUUUCAUUUUUUUUAUCACUUCAUAUAUUUUGUGGCAAGUUGAAAUGUGGCCCAUACUUCCAUUCCUAAAAUAAAAUGGAGGGCAUAUUAUUUUUUGGGCGCAUACAUUUCAUCUUACGCUUUAUCCUUGUUCUAUACAGCGUGAACUCCAUUCCUAAAUUCCCUAGUGAUGGUAACAUAGCUUCCCUAGUGAUAUGCUUAAUCAAAACUUCCAGUUUUUUAUCAUUCCAUUUGAAUACUUUCUCAAGGAUUCACGGGUCAUAACCAGUUUGUUCAGAUUGGUGGCUUUCACUGGGAUCAUACCGCGUGAUCUUAUUUCACAUUUUUCUUAGAUAUUAUUUCAGAUUUAUCUUAAAUUUAGUAUCUUAAAGUGUUAGCCCGGAUUUAAGUUCUCUUCUCCAACUAUUUUAAUAGGCCCAGGCCUUAUUUUUCUGUCUUCUGUAACUUCUCCAACUUUCCCUCAUAUGUUCUUUCAGUUUUCGCCACCACCAAGCUAAUUUCGUUUCAACAGCUAAAAGAUUGAUGAAACCCUGGAGGUUCAUAUAAGAAAAAAAUUUGAAUAUGGCCCUUAAAAAAUCUCUUUAAUCAAUGUCCAUUUCUGGUGAUAAUGAAAAAACGUCGCAGGUCUGUUAUGGACUCACAGUAAAUCAGAUUGCAAGGGUUUUUUUACUCAUAUGAUAAUUAUAUUAGUCCAAGCCCUCAGAAUGGUGAAACUACCACUCACUAGACUUGAUAUAUGAAUAGUUAUUUAGUUUAGAAGGCGGUCAAGAGAAACAGCUGGAUUUUAACUUCUGGAAAACUAGGCAGCAUUGAAUGAAUGAAAUAUGUGGCAGAUUAUAUAUCUACUGAUCAUAGAUCACAUUGAAAGGGUGCAUAUCAUAAUCAUAUCAGUAAUAGUUCCAAAGAGUGAAUUGAAAGGUGAAUCUAAAUUACCAAACUCAAAUAGGGAACCCAAAAAUUAAAUUUCCUUGUCCCGUGGAGGGUCACUUAGCAGAGGAUAGAAGAGGACAGUCAUAUGUUCACCCUUUAUUCAGUAAUGAAGGGAAUCAUGUUCUCUCUACUUGUUGCAUCAGCAAGGUCACCACUAAUAGGCCCCUGACCUUGAUAACAAAAACGUAAGAGAAGAUGAUUUUCAUUGGCUUUGCUCUUUAUUAUCUUAUAUAUAUACGUGCACAUAUAUAUAUAUAUAUAUAGAUAUAUAGAUAUAUAUGCUUGAAUCUUUGAGGUCUCAGUUGGCCGGCCUGGGCUCAGACCUUUGAAGUUUCUCAUACUGGUUAAAUUUUUCCUAUAAUCUUGGUAUUAGUUGGUGAGAAACUAAAAAGAAUACAAAAGGUGAAAAAUAGCACAAUAAAUCUGCCUUUGAGGGGGGUGAUAUGGAGACCCAACAAGGGAAAGAAGAAAAAAUAUAUAUUCUAGUGACUGGGAGGGUUUCAUAUAGACUGUCAAGAAUAGAAGAAAUGGAAAACAAUGGAAUGAAUGAUACAUAGCAACGUAUGCAUGAUCUGAUCCAGCAUCAAAUUUGCCUGCCUGUUUGAGCCCAGCAUAAGAUGAAGUCGCUAGAGCUGCCCAACCCAAAGUUGUAUCCUCUUCGUUAACUGGUUCAUAAAUUACUGACUAUGCUCAAAAAUGCUCUCAGACCAGGCAAGGUUAGGUCUGGCCUUGAUGCUGAACAACGUCAUGAUUCAUAGGGAUUUGUUAUUGAACUUUAUGAUGUGGGUCUACUUACUAUUUUUUAUUUAAUUUUGCAGCGGAAAGCAGCCCUAGCUGCAGCCUCAGAUCCCUAUGCUUAUGUUGAGAAGAGAAAGCCCAUUCCCGACCCUCAGGUAACUGUCCCAGCACCCACACACGUUAGCCUCUCUCUCUCUCUCUCUCUCAAAUGAUUGAGUAUGGCCGUGCCUCAUCCAUUUGCCCUGUUUUCCAGGAGACCGGCUUGAUAUACGGGAAGAGGGCAGGAACCAAGGACUCGGGUAAAGAUAAACCCUAG